CUGGGAUGGACUGGGAUGGGAUUGGGCCACACCUACAGCCUGGCCAGGAACCAGACCCUGCGGCUGGCCGUGGUGGACAAAGCGCGGCGGGACCUGGCGUCCAUCGUGUCCGAGAUCCUGAUGUACGUGCUGAUCGUGGUGCUGACGCUCUGGCUGGCCGCCGAGAUGCUCUACUGCUACCGCAAGGUGGCGGCCGCGGCCCCGCCCCCCGACAGCGCCUCGGAGUACCUGGCCAUCACCUCGGAGAGCAAAGAGAACUGCGGCGGCGUCCAGGUGGCCGAGUGACCUCUGACCCCUGAGUGACCCCUGAGUGACCUCUGAGUGACCUCUGACCCCUGAGUGACCCGGAAUGACCACAGAGUGACCCCUGGAUGACCUCGGAGUGACCCAGAGUGACCCCUGAGUGACCCCGAAUGACCCUUGAGUUACCCCGAGUGACCACUGACCGCUCAGUGACCACUGACCUCGGAGUGACCACUGAGUGACCAGUGACCCCUGAGUGACCACUGAGUGACCACUGAGUGACCCCUGAGUGAC